UCACUCAUUCCAACCCCAGACUGUGAAACCUUACUGUACAUUCCUUCAACCUCGGCCCACAUCGCGUGUCCGCUCUUUGUCGCAGGUUUCGGGGGUGAACGUUUCGAGUAUGUGUCUCUAUAAAGCGUGUGGGAGUAAGGUUUGAGUGUGUGCGUAACGGAGUGUUAUGGAUUGUUAUUACCGUCGGACAACGGGGAGACGCCAAUGUUUACGCCGCGAGCGAGGCUUCGUGAGGGCUGAUUUUCGGUGUUAAGAGUUUAUGUCGGACUUUGGGGAGAAAAAACCCAAAAACAAGGAAAAUAAUGAAUGCUGACAAGUGAUUGUAAACUAUUAUCGAAACUCGUUUCCCGUCGCAGGACCAAUGGAUCAACCAGAGGCGGAGCUGGAGCGGAUCGCCACAUGGUUCAGUGAGGAGGGACUCGCUCCGGACUCCCCUAAGGAGGCUCAGCUGUGUUUGCUAUGGAGUGCCCUCCAGCGUACAAGAAGUCGUCUUAACAGUGUGACAUGGGACUUGGACACCCACCGCUCACAACACUUGGUAGAGAUGGCAGAUGUACGCAAGUCCUUGGAGCAGAUCCGAAUCUUUACUGAGCACAAAGAUGUUUUGACUCAGGAGAUACAAGAUGAAAACGAUCAGCUCAAGGACCAGCUGCAACGCGUAAUAUCCCUUCAAGAUUCCCAGAUAAGUGAGGUGGCUAAGAUGCUGUACCAGCAGGGCCUCACAGAGUUGAUUCACAGCAGCCCCAGUGAGCAGAUGGCCUACCUCCUGGUGGAGAGAGCCUCACUACUCGAGUCCAGUGAGGAUCCUAACAAUCUGACGGGUGAUGUAAACACAGCCAGCCUGCUGGGGACUGAAGACCAGGCAUUGAACAGCAAUGCAAACCAGUCUUUCCACAAGGGGGCACCACGUGGCAUCCAGAGCCCCUGGAGGAGACUCUUUGGACUCCACAAAGCUUCACAGAGCAAACAUACUUUUAUUCCUAUCGAGGCCAGCCAUUUGGCUGGCCAGGCAAGCAGCGUUGAGAGGGAAUGUUCCCGUCUGGAGCGGGACCUGGAGGAGGGCUCCCGCCGGCUGGCCAUGGCCCACAAUGAGAUCCGGCGGUUGACUGAUGAGCUGGAGUCUGCUCAUUUGACCCAAAGAGCUUAUGAGCCUGAGCUGCAGGCAGCACAGCAGGAGGUCGAUGAACUCAGGCAGGAAGUACAAAAACUGAAGAAAUAUGAAAUGGUUGAACUGCGAAAGGCCAAAGAGCUGAACGAUCGCCUGGACCUGGAGAUCAGAGCCUUGAGGGGCAGGGUACGCACCCUGGACGCUGAGAAGAGUUCUCUGCAGCAGAUGGUGGUGACUCUGCAGGAGAGGGUGGAGUGGCUGGAGUCAGCUCCGCAGGAGCAGCCGCAGCUCCACCCUGAUCAGGUUCAGGAUAACGGGGCCACAGAGCCUGCCGAAGUCUUAUCUCUGAAAAGGGAGGUGGAGCGGCUGGAGGCAGCCCUGGAGGAGCUGCAGCAGCAGACUGAACAGGUUCAGGCAAGCAAAGUAUUUAAAUCUCAAGCAGCAGAACUAGCACAGAGCAACCAGACCUGCAGACAUUUACAAGAGGAACUCACUGCUCAGACAAGAUGCCUUUUGGAUAAGCAGGAAACUGUACAUUCCCUCAAGCAGCAGCUGGAUACUUCCCAUAAUGACCUGGAUCACCUCAUCGCUAACAUCUGCACUAAAGAAAACAAUGUUCAGGAUCAAAAGCUGUUGAAGCAAAAAGGGCAACAUUGUGAAAACACUCACUGUCGGCUUAAAGAUGAUGAAGAGCUUCAGGCACAACUACAGCUGCUGCAGAACAAAGAAAUCACACUGCGUGAGGAGUGUCCUGAAUACCACGAAGCAGUUAAGACUCUGUUGGCCACCCAAAAUGAGUGCGAGACACUCAAGAAGGAGAUCUGUGAAACCCUUAAAUGCCUCGACAGAGAGCGAAGGAAAUACCAUGAAAUGAAGGAAAAGCACAAGGCAAAACUGUGUCGAGCGAAACAGAAAUGUGUUGACAAAACAUCAUGGCGUGAUGAGAGGAUAAAGAAUCUAGAGCGAGAGUUGUCUUUGUGUACCCAUUCAUUAUCAAAGGAAAAAGAGCUUACCAUAAGCAUUACUGUGGAAAAUGAGAAACUACUUGUUGAGAGAAGAAGGCUACUACAACAGCUAAAUGAGGAGGAGCACAACAAGAAAGACAGUAACCUAACAGCCUCUUUGUCCAAAUGCAGGGUGGAUUUUCUAGAGAUGGAAAACAAGAAACUAGGAAACAAAAUACUCCACAUGUUCAAUCAGCUAGCGGUCUUGGAACGCGACCUGCAAAACAUGCAAUCGCUCCACUUUGCUGAGGAACUGAAGAAAACAUCUAAUCCUAUGCAGGUUUUUAAAUCUCUCCCUGUGCAAACCUCAAGUGUGGUGAAGCCUGAGAUGUCUGAAAAUCAGGGCUUAUUGGACAAAACUCACAGAAAGCAGACGGAUGUGACUUCAUCCCCUCAUUGUUUCAUCUCUGGGCCCCUGUCUCGAUCAGCAGAGAUGGGCUACCUGAAUCUGACCUCCACUCAGAGACACUCAGAACCCUCGACUCCCCCGGUUGCCCUCAGCAACUCAGACAGUACGUGUUCCUUAGAUUAACUGUCUAUCUGCAACAUGAAUAUAUUGUACAGAAAUAGGGAUUUCCCUUUCUGUCUUUCAGUUCCCUUUCGGUUUAAUUUUCAAGUUAACAAAAAAAUUAUUGACCUCUCUAGAACUGAGUGAAAACAGUUCUCAUGUACAACAUUUUUAAUAUUCUUGUUAAAAAUUAAUCCACAUCCUGCGACUGUUCAAAAUAUAGAAUUAAAACCCGACCAGACUUACAUUUACGCUGCAUGAAUUUCCCCUGAGGGGAACGCAAGCCACACAAACCUGUCACAGUUUCCGCCAUGAUGAUUGUUUUUACACAUACUUCUCGUGUGAUUUCCUUUGCACAAAUAAAAACAUUGUUUUUGAACUGCACUCUGGGGUUUCAUAAAGCAGUGGUGAAGAAGCCACUGUACCUACUCUCUCUCUCUGCCGCAAUCAAUGAAAUGUACUUUUAUUAUGUUUAUAUUAAGUCCUAAAAUGUCCUUUUUGUGGCUGGUUGCCUGUUGCAUUUGUUAGCAUUUAAACUACAAACAUUCAAUUGACUAGUUGGCCUCUUGGUCUGUUAAACACAGUGAGACAUCUGAGUAGACAGUGACUACAGCUCAAAAUAUUUCUAACCAAAGGGAUCUAUUCUGAAUUAGUGCUCACUGAUACAGAUGUUAGAUGUUACAGCUACUUGUCAAUAACAGCUUCACGCUUUAACUCCAUAUCAAACUAUCAUGCAUAAACUAUAUUAAAACAUUUAGUAUAAAUGUACAAGAUUUAAUGUAUAAGAAUGGACCAGAUUAUGGUCUUAUGGGUCCUCAAAUCUAUUUCCAACACUACAUCCCAACAACUUGGACAUUUUAGAGAACCAAUGUGUGGCCUUAUCAACUUUUAUUCAAACAAACAGCAAAGUAAAUUAUAUUGAUCAUCUCUAAUGUGCAGCCAGGGCAACUCCAAAGGCUCUUUCCUUUAUGACUUUUAAUGAGGUCAGACCAGUACAAAGGUCUGCAACUACAUGAGACUGUAACGUGUCUGUCGACAGACUACUGUUCCAUUAAAAUAUAUGUAUUAAAGAACUAAUAAAUGCAAAAACAUCUCUGGGACAGGGUUCAUUGGGGUAUUAGAUUUCUCCUUAUAAAUGUUCAUUUUAUUACCACGUAUUUUAAGUUAAUUUAAAAAUAAAAAUAAAAGUAGUUUCCCUGCAGAAAAGCAGCUGAAGCAGUAAAUUAAUCUCAACCUGCCAAAAACGCCACUUGAAAGAAUGCGACCAAUAUGAUACAUCUGAUUAAAAAGUUCUUGGUAACCAGAUAACUCUACACCAAUGUUUCUCUACACGGUUUCAUAACUAACAAAAAGGAAUAUGAGAUAAUGUAGGCCUUAUCUCAUAUUCAUAAUUUUUUAUGUUGCAGCUUGUUAAGGUGGAGCUGUUUUUAACUACUUUCAUACUUUAUAGUAGGCUAUAUACUACUUAAUAAUACAAAAAUACAACAUUCCCCCUGAGAUGUACUGAGUAGAAGUAUAAAGUUACAUGAAAUGAAAAUUCUUCUCAAGUACAGUACAUGAGUAGCCUAACUGUACUCAGUUACAUUCCACCCCUGCUAGAACAAGGGCACACCUCAUAGAUCUAGCCUCCUAAUUUUGCUCUCAAAGUGCACCAUUUUGAUGCAUUUAACUUUAAAACUUACAAAAUGUUCUUCGGGGUUAGCAUGCCGUACCCCUCUAGAGGGCCAAAGGUCUACCCACCAUAGUAUCACACAAUCUUGUGGUAAACACCGCUGCACGCAUCAUUUUCAAGGUUGUGUUACAAAAUAUAUUGCAUUUGUACUUCCAUCCUACUCCAAUAAUAUAAAUGGGGUCAGUCAUCAUCAAAAAAUGUAAAGCUUUGACAUUUGAGUGACAAGCUGAGUAGACUUAAUAAGUGCUAUUACGAACUGAAUUUAAGACUAAUAAAAAAUAAAUA